AUGGCACAACCGCAGUGGGAACGCAACAUCCUGGUCAGGGAGUAUCAUUACACCCACACGCAGCCGCAAUGGUCGGAUGGCUCUCCGGUGGUGUCGAGGUUUCCACUGGCGUUGGCCCGUACAUGUGCUUCGUGUAAACAGAGAAAGGAGGCCUGCAAAUGUCGUGUUUGCUUUAAUUGUCAAAAAAACAUGCUUGUGCGAAGGCACCACUGUCGAAAGUGCUGGCAAGCUGUGUGCCAGGAGUGUCGGGAGAGGCAGCGUUAUGUCCACAUGUUAGGUGAACCAAUGAAGGUGUGCAAUAGGUGCGCCCUUCCACGCGGAAUAUUGAUCCUUUCCCGCGCCAAGGGGCACGAGCAUCUGUGGGGUCUCUACGUUCUGCAGAGAGCCACAGAGAUGCCAAAUGUCUGCAUCACGCCUUCUUGUAGGACACCCACUUACCACAGGGCAUGUCCCGAGUGUGGCCUUCCGACGAUCACGACACGGCUACAUGAAGAACGCGUUAUUCGUGUCGAUGCACGGGCGUCGGUAAGAGUCUCGGAUUCUGUGAAAUACCUAGAAGUCCGUGAAUUCGUACUUCGAUGCGCCACAGUGGACAAAUACGCAGCAGAGGAGGUGGAAAGGUCAUUUCGUCUCUGGUUUCCGCGAUUUCAGGAGGUCUUUGCCUUUCCGAAAUUAAACUCUGCGGUGGAGGCACAGCAUUUGUUACUCUCUGUUGUUGCAUCAGCGGCGGCCUACGAAUAUGACAGCUGCCCAAACCUUUUCAUGUCCCACUCAGAUCUGCCCUACUCCCGUUUACUAAAGUUGUUGCGUUCCACCUCACGCUAUUCCGUGUUUGAGGCUCCUGGAAAAAUCAAAUUUAUUUCGUUUCCAGGAACACACAAUUAUCGCACAUUUGCGGUCAACAUGCGCUGUGGAAGAAUACGGCGGCAAGUUUGGUCGCGCCUCAUUGAUGGCCUGACUGCUUCCUCAGGUGCCAAUGGUGAAUACCAACGGGUGUGCGGCGGCGUACAUUUAGUGUGGGAGGCCUCUCUUCACCAAGGCUUUGCACGUGAGGCCGACGAAGCCGCGUUGCCGAUAGAGCAGCUUGUCAAGGAUGUCCGCCAGAAUGGAUAUCGGUUGGUGCUUUCAGGGCAUUCCCUCGGCGGAGCCGUUGCGCAGUUGGUUGCCAUUCGUAUGCUUAGAGAGUACCCAGGGGUAUUUAAGGAUAACCUGAAGUGUGUCUCCAUUGGGGCGCCACUGGUAGGCAACUAUCAGUUGGCGCAGUGUGUGGAGCGGUGUGGAUGGCUCUCUAAUUUUCACCACCUAGUCUACCGUUCAGACAUUGUUCCACGGCUGUUAUGCGUUGAUCAGAUGACUCGUGACUUUGCCGAUCAAUUUAUUAAAGGCCUUUUAGAAUUACCGAGUUCGCUGCGGCGAUGGCUCAAGCCAACUUCGGACGCGAAGGCGGCGCCACUCAAAGACUUGGACACCAUUGAUGCCGAGAUAAAAAAAGGGGAAGAUCCUGUAGAGGUUGAGAGGACACCCCUGCCCACCACCGACCACCGAGCCCAUCGCAUGUAUGCAUGCUUCGGUCGAUACCACUUUCUUAACCACGGUGGCCUCAGGUAUUUCUCAACGGAUGAUUCUGAAGUGGCGUUCCAUCACCUGAAGGAUGGGUGCGGGAGUGACAACAACCUGCUGGACCACUCCCUCGCCAGUUACAACAGGGCCAUUUUCUUACAACUGCAUUUUUCGUAA